CGCUGGGAGGAGCUCGUGUCCUUCCCCCGCCUCCACCGCCCAGCCCUGCCGCCAGCCUUGCGCGCAGCCCAUCUCCCUGCGCAGCUCGCCGGCCCCACCGCCGCACCAUGAAGGCGCUCCUGCUCGCCGCGUUGGCUGCGGUGCUGUGCGUGGAGAGAGCCCACACACUCGUCUGCUUUUCCUGCUCGGAUGCAUCCUCCAACUGGGGCUGCCUGAAGCCUGUCACGUGCGGGGAGAAUGAAAACUACUGUGUGACAACAUACGUCGGAGUGGGACUUGGUGGCAAGUCCGGCCAGUCCAUCUCCAAAGGAUGCUCUCCCAUUUGCCCCAGUGCCGGAAUUAACGUUGGCAUAGCGGCUGCCUCCGUUUACUGCUGCGACUCCUUCCUCUGCAACAUCAGCGGCUCCAGCAACGUGAAAGCCAGCUACACCGUCCUGGCCUUGGGCAUCCUGGUCAGCUUCUUCUACAUCCUCAGGGCUCGUGAGUGAUGGGGCUGGCCGAGGAAGAGCCGGUGCCCUGGGGACGGUGGGGGCACCCCCGGCGAGCCCACCUCUGCAACGUGGUGCCCCGUCUUCCACGGGCUGCCGCGGGUCUCAUUAGCCAAUAUUUUCUCUAUCGCUGCCCACAAGGAGAUCCUCUACUUCUCAGCAGGCCUCCGCGGUGGUCGUUUCCCAGACUUUAUGCUCUUCCAGCAUCAGAGACCUGGGCGGUUGGGCCCAACCGUUCUCCUCCUCCUCCUUCGGACCUACCCCGCUGCACUCUUGCACCUCCCGGUGGAUUGUUUCGGAAGGGUUUCUGCUUUUUUACCUGUUUCCCCCAGUUUCUAAGGUUGCUUAAAUCAAGGUUGGGACUCACCACGAAACGAUUGCCCCCAGACACCGUUCUGUCAAGCGUUCAGAUGGUCCUGCCUCCAUGGAGAUGCCUGGCACCAGCGUGCCCCAACACGAGGGUGGCCCAGGCACGGGGAAUGCAUGACCCCAAGGGAGACACAUUCCUGGCCCCUGCAGCUGGAGUCUCUUUUUAUAAAUUUCUUCCAACCCUGGGCUGCCUUUUUCUGGAAAACAAAUGACGUGUACCUUGUCCCUCUGAGCUCUGUAAGUGCCAGACCUGAAUAAACAUGCUCCUGUUGUUACCUGAGCUGGGACGUGUGCUGUGUGUUUUUCCUUGGUGCCACCAGAGAGAUUAGGAACACUGUUACAGAAAAUACAAAUGUUUUGCACAGCACGAGGGCCUCUUACCCUAUCGAGUGGUUUCUGAGUACUCCAUCUCAGCAGUUCAUCUCUGAGCAGCAAGCUCACCUCCUCCCUGUCCCUCACCUUUCUGUGGGCCCUGAUAAAACACUCCAUGAGCAGUUCCUUUCACAUCUCUCAAGCAUCGCCUUUUCCAGGUGCAUUUUAGUGACAAGUGCCAGCCGUGGUUCUGAGUCAACCCCGUUGCUCCUAACACUGGGAACAGGACCCGUACAAAUUAGUCUGCCUAUUACAGAGACUUGGUGCCUCGAUUUCCCAGCUUACAGACUUGGGAUGGUGAUAAUGGAGAAAGCUGCAACACCUAAAAUGAUCCAGGGCAACAGGUCUGUUUGCAAAAUCUGGUCAAGUCUGAGGCAAAGAGGUCAGAUAUUUAAUUUCAACCUGCAACCAGUGGACGGGCUGAUGGUGUGUGUAAGGACUACGGAAGGUGACUUCACUGCCAAACCUGCCAUUCCUGCUGUCCUCCAGAUCCCAGGAUCUUCCCAGGUCUCUCAACAGCGUUGCUUCUGGAAGCUCUCAGCUCUCCUGGGGGAGAUGUGUCCUCCUGCUGCCUCUGCAUUGUGCCGGUUUAUGAUUAUCUUUUCCUACCUGCUAGACUCCAAAAAAGCCAAAAUUGACCAUAAACUUAGGUAAAAACUUGCUGUCACUUCCACAGGUUGAUCAGAGGUGCACUGGGCUUUUUUUUUUUUUCUAGCAGCAAAAGUUGGGUGUAGCAUUGCCACUUUUCAACCUUGCCCUCCUCCCCUCCUUCGUAUGUUUCUCCCGUUUCGUGUCCAAAAAACAAGCUCCCAAGCAGCACGUGCUGUUCAAUUAUGGAAUCAGGAUCAUGGAAUGGCCUGGGUUGGAAGGGACCUUAAAGAUCACCUAAUUCCAACCCUCUGCUGUAGCCAGGGAUGCCACUUAGUAGAUCAGGUUGGCCAAGGCCCCAUCCAGCCUGACCUUGAGAAUCAUACCGUUGUCCCCACUUAAAUCACUAAUGAGCAGCUUCUUUUCAAUGAAGUAUGUGCGCAGUUGUACAGACAUCUAGCAGCAAAUGCAUUAUCAUGUUCUUUCCUCUUCCUUCUCCCCAUCUUUUAAUUAAAGUGACAUAGAUGCUAAUGACGGCAUUUAGAACGGGAGUUACUGGUCAUCGUGACAUGACCCGCAAUUAGGUGAUGAGUCUGGUAAGAAUGCACCGUGCUCCAUUAUCUCAUUGGGCUUGAGAUGUGCCUUCCUCUGGUUAUCUCAUCCUUUGUCAUCUGCCAGGGUCAGCAGGGCUUAAUCCUGCUGGGACCACAGGGCUCAAUGUUCACUGUGCCCCAGAGUCUGGCCCUCUGCUAUGCACAUCAGGUAGCACAGGACAAGCCAGGGAAGAAGCCAGCAAAAGUCUUGUAAUUACUAUUCCCUAGCUUCUCUGUGCCUAAGCCUUUUUCCUGAGAGGGUUAGAAACCUCGUUUUCAGGGUAAAUUUGUUCCUUGCUGCAUGGUGUGAGUAGGUGGUGUAGUUCCUGUGGGAUUACUGUGGAUCAGAGGGAUGGGGAUGCCAUCAGGUGAGACCAAGACAGCACCCACAAUGUUCUACCUUUCCAGCAACAGGGUUUUAGCUCUUCUUUCUAGCUACCUGAUAAACUUGGUUCUGGACUUAAUUAUCCUUGCAACAGCUCUACUGCAAGCAAAGAGCUCGUUUCAAAAGCCAUCAGCAUAGCUGUGUCCUUGUGCAUGUUCACGCCUUUACAAGUCUAUCCCGAGGAUGCCACACUGGACAAUCCCAUGGGAUAAAGCUACAAAAAAGUUUGGGAGACCUGGUUACUCCUUCCAAUGGCCCAUUCCUUCCUAUCUUGGUAUUUCAGUGUUUCCUUGUGCCAGGGACUUGGUUAUGCAAGUGAGCAAGGGCUAGCGAAAGUGUGGUCAGCAGGCUCCUUGCCCUAUACAAAGCUGUAUUAGUGGCAUUGCCAGGUUCACAGUGGGUCACACAUGUUCUUGACCCUACAGAUGAUCAGCAUAUUGCAUAUGGAGAAGUUUGUUUUCUUCCCCUUCCCCCCUGCCUUUUCACUCUUGUUUUCUCUUUCCCUCCUUGUGCAGUAUAUUCUUGUACACUUCAUCUAUGGAAGAAGAUAUAUUUGCAGUUUUUCCUUUCAAACACAGCUGGCAAAGAUCUCCCUGAAAGAUAUAUGUGUAUUGGAGAGACGGAGAGGGUAUGGCAGCCUGUCAAAUGCAGGAGAUGUAAUUCAAUAUUUUAAUCCCAGGCAUUUUAUGAACAGUUCUCACAUUUCCUGGUCCCACUGUAGAUAUUUUUUGCCCCCAAAUCCCCAGCACCUGAAAUCAUGUGAGAACCUCAGCUGUUGUAAAGCCCAGGAGUGAAAGGCCUGAAAAUGUGCAACCGUAGUAAUUAAAAACAUUAAUAAUACAAAUGAAAUAAAUAGUAAGAGCCCAGCAUUUACAGAGCAUUAAAACUGGAGGCUGUUAAACCAAAUGCCUGAUUUGGAGCUGGAGGGCCAUGAUGGGACUGCCCUGAAGUGCUUGCUUGGGCUGGGGAAUUAGAAAUCGAAAUCUCAGCAGAGAACUCAGAUCUUCACUUUUCCUGACAAGAGGGGAGGCUUUGAGGGGAGGCAGCUUCACUCUGUACAAGCAUAAAAUAUCCUGGAACAGUUUUUGCUGAAAAAUGAGAACAGCUUAGGUCAAAACCUGCCCACUUUGGAGCACGCUAAUGAGAAAAUGGUUUCUGUGCUUCCAUCCUGGAAAUGGCUGUAUUUCAAUGGCAGCUGCUGCCAUCUACCACUAUGUUAAUGUCACAAGGGCUCCCAUUUUUUAUGUACUGUCUGCAAAUGCUCAAAGCUCACUGCAGCACCGGUCCUCUCUGCUCAGGUUCAACUGGGCUUGUUGUUUGCCAAAAGGACUUAAAAAAACAAAAAACAAAACAAAACAAAGUUCUUCCAAUGUUUUUUGAGAUUUUUAUAUUUAUUUCUUUUUAGCUAAACAGCAGACCUUCUCUGUUUGGAAAACACAGACUUGAGGUGACGUCCUU